GCGAUCCAAACCGAACCCAGCAGUCUAACCAUUUAUAAACCCAACAACUUUAUCUACAGAAGCUUUAGAAAUUAGAACAAACUGCAGCAAAUGACACUUCUCCCGAGUCUCGUAUGAGUAUACGUAUAUUGCAACUUCAUCUCUGGAAUUUCCUAUAAAUCUGAAAGAGGAUGGCUUGUAGUAUAUCGGCUAGUACAUUUCUCAUAUCUUCAGACUUUUUUCGACCUCGAAUCAACAAACCCACUUCGUUAUCAUGGUCUUCUUCCAUGCCUCAAUUGAAUCUCUCACUCAAUUCCAGAACUAAUUUGUCAAAUUCCACUCCCAAACAGGACUUUGUUGUUCAAGCAGCCUGGACCAGGAGAUCUCGAGGAGAACCAAAGAAAAGCGGAAGGAAAUCAUGGAAACAACGGACUGAUAUGUACUUGAGACCUUUUCUGCUGAAUGUUUACUUCUCAAAGAGGUUCAUACAAGCCAAAGUGAUGCACCGUGGAACCAGCAAAGUGAUAUCUGUUGCCACCACAAAUUCUAAGGAUUUAAGAACUACCUUGCCAUCUCUUCUUGAUACUAAUGCUUGUAGAGUCGUGGGCAAGCUAAUAGCUGAACGAUCAAAAGAAGCCGAUGUAUAUGCCAUGGCCUAUGAGCCUAGGAAAGAUGAGCGGAUUGAGGGUAAACUUGGUAUUAUCCUGGAUACCAUCAAAGAAAACGGGAUCAUUUUUGUAGACUAAUUUUACCACAUUUUCUAGCUAUGGUGUUGUCUGAAAUUAUGAGCUUAAUCUUUUCUUAAUCAUAUUUUACAUGUUUCAAUCACAACAUGAGUUUAAUCUUUUCUUAA